GAAUGAAUCAUGCUGCAGCUACAUUGAUGGCACUUUUGUAGAGUUGUUUCACCGUAGACCACGGCAUUGCAGCAGCCAAUCAACCUACCUAGCCCACGGGGCGCGACUAGUAUUGAUAGAUUCUUAGAGACCACGUCGUGUCUAUUUUUCAGCUUCUUGUGCACCGUGACCGCCCUCUACUGAGACACAGACAGAGGCACCUUGAGGACAAAAUAAGAUGCCGACCAUGAAGGGCGGAGGCAAACUAUUCUGAGUAAAAACAUCCCCACCCCAGAGUUGUCAUGCAAAUCUGCAUGCCAAAAAAGUGUCUCAUGCGAAGCCACAUGAGAAGCUUUUUCUAGUCGUGUUUUGGUAUUCGUGAUGCUAGAAAUAGCAUGAUGUUCUAGAUCUGUGAUGCUGCUAAAGUAGCCAAACAGGAUUACACUACGAGGACAAACUUGUCAUGCGAAACAACCAAAGUUGGCUGAUCUGUCCAGCAGAUUUUCCAUCUUGACUCUGAGUGGUAUGGGGACGUUUUUACUCAGGAUACAACCCCGCUCCGCCGGAGCACGAGGACUCGAAGGAGAUUCCGGAGUCGCUGAAGCACCUCGUGUAUCAAAUGGAAAAAUGUCUGGGUCUGGAAGGAUGUGAACUUGUGAUGCGCAUUGUCGAACAUAGAAAAAUCUCUCAUGCAUAGGUAGCAAAAGCUGCUCAAUUCUGUCAUCAAAAUGGGGGAUUUCUCAUGCGGGUUCGGCAUUGCGGAGGCUUCUCGAAACCUGUGAUGCUAGAGCUUCCGUGCCAGACCUUCUGUGUCAUGCAAAAACAGCAUGAAUCUUCCAGACCCAGACAUUUUUACAUUUGAUAUCGUGGCCUCCAAGGGCGCUCUGAUGACCAGAAAACAGGAGCUGUACAAGCUCUCCUCCCGCGUGAACCUGUCCGCGAUUCCGUACAGCGACCUGUACCCCUAUCAAAAUGAAAAAUGCCCCCACCCCGAAAGUUGUAGUAAUUUGUGAUGCGAGGUUUCCAAAUGAAAACUUUUUGUCAUGCAUGAAAGGACUAUGAAUCUUUUUGAUGCGGAGUCUAGUCGUAUACAGCAUCGCUUGCAUGACAAACGGCGCUGUUGCUGGGAUCUUUUGCAAUACAAAUUUUCGCUAUUCACGAUUGAAGAUCUGUGAUGCUGAUACAUGCAAGACGGCGAGCGGUUCCAUUGGAAAGGUUUGCAACACAAAUGUUCCCAAGUUCUGGGGUGGGGGCAUUUUUCCUCACAAUAAGCCUGCGGCCAAGUUCGACAACCGAAACUCGCGGGUGCAGCAGGGAGACCUGAUGGGGGGCGCUACGAUGAACGCGAACGGCAAACGGCAGGGCCGGCUGUAUCAAAUGCAAAAGUGUCUGGGUCUGGAAGGAUGCAAGGUUUGUCGUGCACAUUUUGCAUGACUUCUGAUGUCUGUGAUGCAUGCCCUAGCUUCACAGAUUUUGUGAGGGCUUCCUGAUGCCUGUACCGCAUGAGAAAUGCCCUCUCGGCGUGGAAAAAACUGGACCUCUUUUGCUUUUCAUGCAAUACAGAUUUUUGUAGAAUCCAGACGCAGCAUCACAAGUUGCAUGCUUCCAGACCCAGACACUUUUACAUUUGAUAGGCUGCCGCGGCUGACGAUCUUUCUGUUCGGCAUGAGCAUCGCGGGGUUUCUAUCACACAUCUAAAACAACAGGCAGGGCACAUUUGUAAUGCAAAGAUAACAGCACAUAGCGCGUAUCCUAAACAGCAUGCUAUGUGCAUCCGCCCAUGACAGAUUUUUCUGUGUAUUUAUUUUUGCAUUACAAACUACAUGCCCUGCCUGCUUUUUGUUUUUUCUCUGCGAUAGUUUCGCGUCAUGCAGUUCUCCAAGGAGGUGUACAUGAAGAAAUUUUACACGGACGACUACCCGCAGGCAAACAUCGGCAUCAUGAGCAUGUUCAUGAUUUUAGGGGUGCUCAUCGACGCGUUUACGGAUCCCUGGUUUGCGCGCAUCACGGACAACUGGGUGAGUAAACAGGGGCGGAGAAAACCGUUCUUGCGAGUCGCCGUAUGGUACUUCUCACUUCUACGUGGAUAUUAGCGUAAGCAAGUACUAUUGUACUGCAUUCGUCCAGCAAAGAAUUUGAUGAAUUCGUGCAUAAAUUAGGUUUACCUGCUUGACAUGAUCUUUCCGGGAAAAAAAACCAAAAAGAAAAAACAUUUAUAAUCUUCGUCCCCCAAAAAAAAAGGUUCACCCCGCUCGCGUUUGUGCUGGGUUUUUUUCCGCCGAAUCUGGGUUCCUCCUUUUCUGCCUUCUACUUCGGGUUCUGGCACAUCGUUUCGAAGUUAGCCGAUACCCUGACCAUGCUCCCGAUGGAGGCCUUCGGGAACGAACUGACGCCGCACUACAAGGAGCGCGACCGCCUGUGGGGAUACAUGUUCAUGAUGCGGACAAUUAUUUCCAUCAUGGGCAUGGCCAUGGUGGGGAUGAUGAAGUGGGGGCCGGACUGCGACGGGUCCGCGAACAGCGGCUGUCUGUAUUCAACGAAAAAACUGUGUCACUGUGAUGAUUUUGCAAGAACCGCAUCACAAGUUUGUAUACACAUGACACAGAAGAUUUGCCAUGCGCGUUUCCCACGGGAAAACACGCUUGAAAAUCCAAUGUCUUGCAGGUGUAGCAAGACAAAUAGUUCUGCGCUCCAUUUUCUGCAUCACAAGUUCACAGUGAAACAGUUUUUUCUUGCGAUAGUCUGUCCCACGGGUUUAACGUGUUGGUCCUCGGUCUGCUCUCCUUUUCCCUAUCAAAUGCAAAAAUGUCUGGGUCUGGAAAAAUGCAAGACUUGUGAUGCAGGUUUUCCACGACCCAUGACGUCUGGAAUGCGAGACCCAGCAUGACAGAUUCUUUGAGGUCUCUAUCAUGCCUUUCCUGCAUGAGAAACUCCCUCUCAACUUGGUCAAAAGCGGACAGCUUUUGGUACUCACGCAACACAGAUUUUUGCAUCAUUCAGAUUUAGCAUGACAAGUUCUAAUCUUCCAGACCCAGACGCUUUUACAUUUGAUAUUCCCUCCCGCUCUACUACUUUCUGCAGACCGUGCCCGAACGGGACUACCGGUUAUCCGAGAACUACCUCUACACCCAGAACACCGGGUAUGAGAGUGCACAACUCGUCCCCCUAUUUCCCCUCGUUUGUAAUGCAAAACACGAAAUGGAAAUUUUUCACAAGUUGCCGCUUGGCACUAUUCGCAUGACAAGUUCUGGCAGCGGCCCAAAUAGCACUACACUUUUGCACAAAUUUGUGAUGCAGAACCUGCAUUCGCAUUCCGACUGACGCUCUUGUAUUGCUGUUCAUGCCAUACAAAUGAGGGGGAGGGGGAGGUGUGCUGUACUCUCAUACUGGCGAGAUGUUGUCGGACGAAACCCUGCGCGCGAACUUCCUCAUUUUCGUUGCGGAACUGAAGGAGACUUUGUUCGGUUCCACGACUUGGAUUCCGCAGGACCAGAUUCGCGGCACCACAACUGAGAAGGAGACGCAGCUGCGGUCGCAACUGAAGAAGAAGAAGUUUUUCAAGGAGUGCUUAUCAUGAGGAAAAAAGUCGCCACCCCAUAAUUGUCAUGCAAAUCCGCAUGCUCAAAAUGUUUGUCAUGCGGAGCCCCAUUUGAAGCGUUUUGUUUCUAGUCGUGCGUUGGAAUUUGUAAUGCUCCAACCAGCAUAGUGGGCUAGAUCUGUGAUGCUGCUGGAGCUAGCUCAACAGGAUUACACUACGAGGCCAAACUUGUCAUGCGGAACAACGAAGGCUGGCUGCUUUGUCUAGCAGAUUUCGCAUCUUGACUCUGGUCUGGGGGCGUUUUUGCUCAGGAUAGUGCUGCAAGCGACGCGUGGAGCCGUACGAGUUAUGCAUUGCAAAUAUGUUUCGGUGGUCUGGAAGGAUGGAACCUGUGAUGCUGUCUUUGGAUUCUUAAAAAAAAAUGUAUUGCAUGAGCAGCAAGAGAAGUCCAAUUUGUGCUACGUGGAGAGGGCAUUUCUCAUGCGGGAGAGGCAUCAGGAAGGCCGCGCAAAAUCUGUGAUGCUAGGGCAUGCAUCACAAACGUCAGGAGUCAUGCAAAAUAUGCAUGACGAGCCUGGCAAUCUUCCAAACCCAGACAUUUUUGCAAUGCAUACGAGUUCAAAACGAACGACAUCAUCCCGAACAUGAUCAGCUCCCUGCUCAACGCCCCCUUUCGCUUGCUCCUCGUCGCUAUCAAAUGUAAAAAUGUCUGGGCCUGGAAGGUUGGAACUUGUCAUGGUAAAAUCGAAUCAUGCAGAAAUCUGUGUUGCAUGAGUGCCAAAAGCUGUCCAGUUUCGACCAAGUUUGGAGGAAGUUGCUCAUGUAGGAUAGGCAUGGUAGAGACCUCUCAGACUCUGUCAUGCUAGGUCCCGCAUUCCAGACCUCCUGGGUCAUGAAAAACCUGCAUGACAAGCUUACACUCUUCCAGACCCAGACAUUUCUGCAUUUGAUAGUCGCCGAGUGCAUCGAAGCGGUCGGGGCGCGGUUCCCCUUCAUCGUCCUCCCGUAUGUGAUGACCUGGCUGGUGGGCGAAAACAAUUUUGAAGCGAUAUCCUGUGUUGUAAAAACGUCCACACACCAGAGUCAACAUGGGAAAUCUGCUAAGCAAAUCUCACAGCUUUGGUUGUUUGGCAUGACAAAUUUGGACGCGUAGUGUAGUGCUAUUUGAGCAAGUUCAGCAGCAUUACAGAUCUAGUAGCUCAUGCUGAUUGGAGCAUGACAAAUUUCAAAACCGCAUUAGAAAACGCUUCUCAUGGGGCUCCGCAUGAGAAACAUUUUACGCAUGCAGAGUUGCAUGACAACUAUGGCGUGGGGACGUUUUUACACAGGAUAAGCGAGCUCUGCGAUCGCCACGGUGCUGGUGGGCAUGGCCUUCGUUGCGGUCAUCUCGUAUCAAAAGGAAAAAUCCCCCCUCCCCAUAUCGAAAAGGAAAUCUGUCAUGCUCGAUUUGCGUACACAAAUCAGAUUUGUUUUGCAGUAGAGGACCGCACGCAGAUAGCCAGCCUAGUUAGGGGCCUUUUGGUGUAGGCGCCUAGCAUGGUAGACGGCUGCCCUAUAGUCCUUACAGCGUUACAAAUCGCCCGUAUAGAGUGGCAGAGAGCCUGGAUUUGCCGUCUCGCAAGACAGACAGGAUUUGUGGUCAGAAAUCUGCAGCACAAAUUUUCGGAAGCAUACCCUUUCGAUUUGGGGAGGGGGGAUUUAUUUUUCCUCUCAAUAUCUCGGUCCCCACGUUCUGGAAGCCGCUGUCGAACCGCAUCGGGAAGUUCCGCGCUUUCUUCCUGGGUGCGAUCCUGUACGCUUUGGUGUGGUUGAACAUGGGCUUCGUCCUCAAGUACGACGCCAAAAUGAGUAGUCUCGGGAUGCAGGCGGUCUUCAUGGGUCUGGCGCAGGGCAGCCACUUUUUGUUUGACUCCAUGUUGAACGACGUGGUGGAUUACGACGAGUUUCUCUCGGGAAAGCGACGGGAAGCCCAGUACAUGAUGUGCAAAAGCUUCAUUCCUAAAUUCCUCGAGCUCCCCGCACAGUUUGUCCCCUUCGUCCUGAUGCAAAACUUCGGCUACGACCCGAACCUGAACAAAACCCCGGACGGUUUGGUGCAGGACUGCCCGAACGGGGAGUGCCAGCCGAAGUAUCCUGGGUAAAAACGUCCCCCCACCAGAGUCAAGAUGAGGCUUUCGCAACACAAAUCCAGAAGCUUUGGCAGUCACGCAUGACAGGUUGCAGUACGCAGUGUAGUUCUGGUUGGAAAGGACAGCGGCAUUACAAAUCCAUGCGCUUAUCCUGUUUACAGCAUUACAAAUGCCAAAUCACGAGUGGAAAUGCCUUUCAUGGGGAUGCGCAUUACAAGCGUUCCUGUCAUUGUGCAUUUGCAUUACAACUCUGGGGUGGAGGGGAAGUUUUUGCUGAGGAUACGAAGGGGGUCCUGAUUGUCAUGCGGGCCUCCGCUUCCUACGUGCCCUUCCUCUUUUACAUCAUCGCCGUGUACUACCUGCUCUGGUUCCCGUUGCGCGAGCAGGACCAGUCCGAGUACAUCAAGGACGCCUCCGUGGAACAUUCCAAAGGCCUCGCUGCAGUCGACCCACUGUAUGGGCACGUCUGCGAGGCGCCGGCAUCCAUGAUCGAGCAGCCGCAGGGGAUAUCAAAUGCAAAUAUGUCUGGGUCUGGAAGAUUGCUACAUUUGUCGUGCAUAUCUGACAUGACUCGAGAAUCUGUGAUGCAUGGGCACGAAGCGGUCCUCUUACCUGUCAUGCAAAAACGCAAUUUGAAAUGCGGAACACGCAACACAUACGAGCCCAAAAAUUUGUCAUGCUUGGCUCCGUAUUGCCGUGGGCCUCUCAUUCACUUUUAGCAUUACAAGUUUCCAGACCCAGACAUAUUUGCAAUGCAUAGGGGACGGAUUUGGAGGAUUUGGCGUUCGAAAUCUACGAGAAGGAGCAGGAGCUGAUGCGUGAAGAUCCGGAAGCGUACGCGCAGCUAUCAACUGCAAAUAUGUCCGGGCCUGGAAGAGUAGAACUUGUAAUGCUGUCUGCGGAUUCUAAAAAUAUCUGUGUUGCAUAAGCAGCAAGAGGAGUCAGGUUUUGGCACGCGGAGAGGGCAUUUCUCAUGCGCAAUUAGCAUCAAGAAGCUCUCAAAAAAUCUGUGAUGCUAGCACCAGCAUCACAGACGUUACGGGUCAUGCAAAAUGUGGAUGACAAUUUCGCAUCCUUCCAGACCCAGACAUAUUUGCAAUGCAUAGCAGCUGCAAAACCACAGUCUCUCCAAGGACGUGAAGAAGUUAAUCGAUUCCGCAAAGGACACAGGCUCGCAGUCCAUGUCGAACAAAAAAGCCCGGGAUUCCAGAAGGGCGAGUGUGACGGCGUCGCAGGUAAAAAGCGCUUCGUUCAGGAUUUUGGAUGAUCGAAUUUUCUGUCAUCGAUUUUUGCAGGAUUCGAAUCUGAAAUGAGCUUUGUUAGGCAGAAGUAAGACAAGAUGCAGAUCGAAAUGCAAAUCCCAGUCCAACGCCGCGCGCGCUUCCAUGUUUGAAAACGGGGAUGAGGACGACGAGAAACAGUACAAGGUGGAUCUUUCCUACGUCCGUGCUCUGCCCAUCUACGAGACGCGCCUGCUCUACUUCUAUCCAGACGAAAUCAGGAAUGUGUGCGUCCUGCGCACGAAGAACGCGGUGAAGAUGGCCCGGCAACGGCGGCGCUCGCUCGAGAUAGGCGCGGACGAGUGGCAGAUGUCGCAGGCAGAGGCGUACGGGUACGAACCCAGUCGCACGCUGCCGCACGACGUGGAGAUCGUGCGGUUUGAGGAGUCCUAUGCAUUGCAAAUAUGUCUGGGUCUCUGGAAGGUUGCAAGAACUUGUGAUGCUGCUUUUGGAUAUUAAAAACUUCCGUGUUGCAUGACCAGCAAGAGGAGUCCAGUUUAUGCUACGCGAAGAGCGGCAUUUCUCAUGCGGAAUGGGCAUAAGGAAGCCCGUUAAGAAUAUGUGAUGCUAGGUCAUGCUUUACAGGCAUUCUGGGUCAUGCAAAAUAUGCAUGACAAACCUGGCAAUCUUCCAGAUCCAGACGCGUUUGCAUUUGAUAAGUCGGAUGUCGGGGCGAUCGAUUUCCAGGGCUUGUUCUUCCACCCGAGGAAAGGUAGUUAUGAGUGUAGUGCCUGUAGCGGAAAAUGAAAUUGAAAAAGCCGAAAGGCUUGUUGAACUCUUUCGACUUCACAUCGCAUUUAGGCAUGACAAAACUCCUCGGCAUGUUGUGCGUGACCUUGCAUCUUCACAAAAAUCGUGAAAAGACUCCUCUUGUUGAAUGUGAAUCAAAAAUAGGUUUGCUGACCGGUGUUUGCCUCUUCGUGUUUGGCGCUCUGUUUGUCUUCAUCGACUUUGCGCCGGUCCACGAGAUCUUUGCCUCCGGGAUGAUCCGCCUGGUCGAGAAGCCCCGUGACUUCUAUGGUGUCACACUUACCCCCGCACCGCCAGUGGUUACAAACGCGACGGCGGCAACGAACUUAUCCUGUGUAAAGACACGACGACGUCUUCUCUCUAGAGUCAACUACACUAGGAUUUUGCUAGACAAGCCAACAGCCUUUGAAUGUCGCGCAUGACAAGUUUGCUACGCUCGUAGUACGGUCGUGUUUAAAACUUAGGUAGUGCAGCUGCAACCUUACCAUCACCAUCACAUGUGGAUCGCCUCAUCCUGACCCUAGCAUCACAAAUUUCAGGAUAGCAUUGAGGAAAUGCUUUUUAUGUGGCUGCGUUACAUGAGAAACAUUUAUUUGCAGAUGCUUACCGACAAAAAUUUCAAUUGCUGGACUGCUGUCGUAGUUUCUACACAGGAUAGAACUCCACGAUGGCAGCAGGAGCGGCCGAGGAAAAGCAAAACGACGACUCCACGCAACAGGUCGGGCUGGCGCCGUUUGGGUUGGCGCUGAUGGGUGUGGCGGUCAUGAUCCUGUGGUACUCGGCGCACCGCUAUGAGGCCGCGAUGAGCUUGUGGUAUGAGUAUGUCGUGCACUACGACGUCGCGAAGAAUAAAUCGAAGCGAAUGAAGGAGAAGAUGGACGGUAUUCUAUUGUACUAGAGAUGUAUGAAAAUUAUUUGUGUUGCAAAAUGCACCUAGGGAAGAGUGAUUUCUCAUGCGGAUUUUCAAUCAUGUUUCGUGCCAAGAUAGAACAACACCGUCGACAUAAAAAACAUCAAAAAUUUCUAUACAGAGCAAAAGAAAGUGGCGUUGCGGGACUUCAAGCGACAAAUCUUCAUGGUGCUGAACUACUACGACAACUUCACGCAGGGUGAUUAUCCAGCGGACGUUGAUAUGGCUGAGUUGGUCGGAGCAUUUGUUCUUGAGAUUUGCAUAAGAGCAACCUAGGGACCACACCAGGACCACGUCUGAAAAUGCAUUUAUCAAAGUGCAUAAGGGAGUAUGUGAAUUAAUACAAGAUGGAAUGAAAGUAAACAUACCUGGUGAACAAAAUCUAAUCAUGGCUCAACUCAGCAAAUUUGCCUUGCAUAUCUGCCGAUCACAAGGGACUCUGUUCGAGCAAUUGUCAAACUUCUUCACGUAUCCUAAGAAAAAGUAUCAUACCCUCCUAGUAAGAAUUGCGAUACAAAUUAGCUUAGCAUGAGAACAAAUGGAAUUUGUGAUGCUGCUGCACCUAAGAUAUGAGAUUUGUCACGCAGUAUUGCAAUUGCUACAAGUUGUGUGAGAUACUACUUUUUUACAGGAUAUCCUUAAGUUGGAUUCGUACUACGCGGAAAGGCCAAGAGUGUCAGAGAUCCAACCACCAGUAUAGAUUUGAUUUGUGAUGCGUACUGAUGCAAAACAAACGAUGUUUGUGAUGUAGGACAAACAAAGUACUCAAAUCAAAACUUGUAAACCCAUCACUAUCAGUCCGACAGCCCACAAGGAAGCUCUGGUUCAGAUGCCGUCGCUUUUGAGGAAGCCUUAUCCGAAGUAAAAGACGUCCACACCCCAGAUGUAUCAUGUAAAUCUACAUGCGGAGAGUGUAUGUCAUGCGCAGCAGCUCCGUUCUUUUUCAAUGGUGUUUGAGAAAAAAUUCUGAUUUUCUAAUCUAUCAGGAUGUAGUGGGCAAUUCCAAUUUGUGGUGCGGCUGGACUAGCUCGUGCCCAAAUCUUUCCCAGCAAGACAGAGCCAAAGUUGUCAUGCGACACGACCAAAACGUCGGGGUUUGCAUUUGUCUUGCAGAUUUGGCAGCGUGACUUUGGAGUGUGGGACCCAUUUUUCACCCGGAUAAGCCGUUUCCCAGAGCCAGAUGCCCUCCGUCCCGAAGAAAAUCUCCACCGCGAGCCCAAGUAUCGGAUCGGGAGUGGGCAUAUGAAUUGCAAAAAUGUAGUCUGGGUCUGGAAGAUUGCAACUUGCCAUGGUAAAUCUGAAGCAUGCAAAAAUCUGUGUUGCAUGAGUGCCAAAAGCUGUCCACUUUUGACCAAUUUGGAACGGAGUUUCUCAUGCAGAAUAGGCAUGGUAGAGACCUCGCAGACAGAGUCUGCCAUGCUAAGUCCCGCACUCCAGACCUCAUGGUCAUGGGUCAUGGAAAAUCUGCAUGACAAGUCUACACUCUUCCAGACCCAGACAUUUUUGCACUUGAUAGGGCAGUCAUGCGGAUAGUCUGCGGGAGCGCAUGUUAAACGCCACAACGGAAGAGCAGGCGGUGAUUGACGCGGCAUAAGGCCCGAAUCAGAAAUACCAUCCACCAAUCCGUCAGGAUAACAGUCGAAAAACAAAACAGUUUGAGGAUGGGAAAAUUAGGUUAUGCAAAAAACUUCUAUGGGGCGCGAUCGGGACGAUGGCGAUUUUUACUUUCGCUCGCCCCCUCGCGGAACAAUGUAGUACAAAAUUCAACAAGAUGAACUUGUUUCACUGCUUCAAGGCCUUCUUCACCAAAGCUCCUAUUUCAUUUGCAGUGGCAGUGAAAAAAAUAAGUCGGACUGAAAUUAUUUUUAUGCAUAGAGAGUUAGUUAUACGCUUAGGCUUACGUUUCAUGGAUACACUUUUAUCUUUCUUCCCAAGACCAACGGUAGAAGUGCCUUCACUUCACCUACAAGUACGAUAUUACGUUAAUUGUUUUUAGAGUCGUUUCAUCUCGUACCACCACCAGCAACAGCACGACCAGCAGGCUUCACUUUCUCCUUUCUUUCCAACACUAACAGGUUUCCAUAAUAUCAAGCAAAACAAACACUAUGAAAUGUUAAACGAGUCAAAGCUUUUCGUUCAGCUCAUCCUUUUCACAAGACAGGAAAGAUGCAAAACUCUACCAGUUAAUACCAUUACCAAUGCAGAACAGAGCAGACGAGCAGUGCGUCUCUAUAAAACCCGAGAGUAAUUCUAAUUCAGCCCUAAGCAGUACAUAGUUGUAUAUUGAAAAAGAAGAUUUGAAGCCAGUAUAGCAUGAAUAACAGGGGGUCUGUAAAAGACAAAAUUUAUGACUUCCUAGCUCAACAGAGUAUGCACUAGGCUAAGGCACAGUCGGAAAGUUUGACAGUCGAUAAACACAGAAGAAAAGAAGUGACGUCCCAUAGAUAAAGAAAGUUAGGUAAGUGCCGUGAUCUGACACCGGGACAAGGAUCUUUGAAGCAAAAAAAGAAACAGGGUCUUUAUGCCACAUGAUUAUUAGUGGAGUAAAUCAGCUACAU